CAACAGAGUCAAAUUCUCGUACACCACCGAAAAUAGAGCUCCAAAGAUGGGGCAUGCCGUAGUCAAUCAUUUCAAAACUCUGUUAAACAAAAAUUCUCAUUCUGUGGUGACAAAUAACGAAUCGACACCACCCAAUUUUGGUCAAAACAUUCAGCCAAAUGGGAUUUUUAUUGGGAAUGAUUUAAACAAUGUACCAACAUUACCCAAUUUAAACCAAGAAAAUGAAAACUCCGUUGAAAAUUUUUUGAACAACGAGCAAAGUCUAUCGAACGAAAGUUUUUAUGGCAGGGGCUAUUUAACAACAUACAAUGAACAAUUUCCUCAAGAGUCUCUAACCACAGAUUUGUUUGAUAAUAAUUUAGUAAUAAAUGAUUUGGUAAUAAAUGAUUUAGUAACAAAUGAAGAACAAAUAUUACAAAUGCAAUGCGAAGAUUUCACUGGAAAUUUUUCAACAAGCAAUGAACAAGCAUUCCCUGAAGAUCGAUUAUCUAGGACCACUAGUAUACAAUAUCCAUUGCAUCGUUCGUCAAGUCGUGACAAACGUCAAAAGAGACAAGAAGUCCGAAACCGUGAACCUGUUUCUCAUCCAAACAUUUCACGUUCUCCGAGUCCAAAUUAUAUGACCUCUAACAUUUCACGUUCACCGAUUUCGACGUCAGUGCAUGUGUCAUCACCAAAUAAUCCUUUCGAAAUAUUUUCCAAUCCAUCAUCACCUCUGUCUAAUUUGGAUGACAUGAAUCUUACCAAUUCUAUUACUGAUAUGUCAUUUAAUUCUAAUUCGGAAGAG